CCUGGCAGGAAGCCAGGCCCAGGCAUUUUGGGGGGUGGGGGUGGGGCGGCUCUGGGCGCUCGGCUGUUUCACCCACAGACCCCUUCUUUGCCCUGAGAAACGGGAACUGGGGUGCCGCUGGGCCUUGUCGCUUCCGGGGAUGGGAGAUAUCCGGGAGGGAUGGGGGGGCCCCAGUGUCCGUUUUCGGUUUUCCUGGAGCUGGAGAGACUGGAGGGGUGGGCAGCAAGAGGAAGAUGAGACUAUCCCUGGUCGCUCGGGGCCCUUCCCGUGCGCGAAGCCCCUCCUGCCUCCGCUGCCCGGGCCUGCACAGAGCCGCCCAGCAGAUCCAGUGGGCCAUGGAAAAUGGGAUUCUACUCACGAACCCGGCCUUGAAGAACAAAUUUUUCAGAACAUAAAACAAGAAUAUAGUCGUUAUCAGAGGUGGAGACAUUUAGAAGUUGUUCUUAAUCAGAGUGAAGCUUGUACUUCGGAAAGUCAGCCUCAUUCCUCAGCACUCACAGCACCUAGUUCUCCAGGUUCCUCCUGGAUGAAGAAGGACCAGCCCACCUUUACCCUCCGACAAGUUGGAAUAAUAUGUGAGCGUCUCUUAAAAGACUAUGAAGAUAAAAUUCGGGAGGAGUAUGAGCAAAUCCUCAAUACCAAACUAGCAGAACAAUAUGAAUCUUUUGUGAAAUUCACACAUGAUCAGAUUAUGCGACGAUAUGGGACAAGGCCAACAAGCUAUGUGUCCUGAAGCUUUCUUGCAUAUCUGGGUACCAGGUUUGACCUCAAGAGAUGGCUGCUGUACACUUUUUGCAACUGGUUUGAUAUCACAUUUCAGCUCCAACUUUGCAUCCUGAGAACACUUAAACGUUUCUGCAGGUCCAUUUUAUACAACUUGAAAGACCUUAAAACUUUCUGGUUGCCACAAGCAUAUCUUUCUUUUCUGCUCAUCCAAUAAACAGCUGUGCCCUACUGUGAUAGAUUUUCCAAACAAAAAUACCUGGAGCAGCAGUUUAGCAAAAUAUGCCCUCAGUGGCUCUCAACAAAUGGAGUUUCCCCAAGCACAGUUCUGUAAGAAGUGUGUGUGAGAGUGCGUGUAUAUGUGUGUGUGUGUAUUUUAAGUUAUUAUUUGUAUUGUGCAAAUUUUUUUGGUCUUGGGGAUUCUGGCUGUGAAUUUGAUGCACGACAAUUAUGGUUAAAAACAUUUGCUUGGUCUACAGAAGAUCAUUAAUGUUUUGUGACCAUAUAAGUUGUAACGGUGGAUUGUUUUAUGUUGUAGGUAUUAUUGUUAAAUACAGGGACUGUUUCCAGGCACAGAAUAUGAAUCAUAAGUUAGGAUGGACAUUAGGUGUGAUUAUGAUGACAUAGCAAAGGUCUGUGGUCCUAGGUCUACAAAUGCGUGGUGAGGGAUUAGGACAAACUGGAGACGGGCCGUUUGACACAUGGACUCUGCCUAGCCGUGUUGAAAAAUACUUUGACUCCAAGCCUUAAAAUACCCAUGUGGAGUCUGUGCUCACCUCAUUCACACACAGAGCUCCCUGGACACUGAACCUCUAAAAAGAAAAAGUCUCCCUGGAGUGGGAGCGUCAGGGUUUGCUUGGGAGCACAACACAGGUGAGCGUGGGGCUGGGCCAGCCCCUGGUGGCACUGCUACUUUGGAGGAGCCACUUUGCCUUUGUAUCGGUUAUUAAAAACAGAAUUUGGAUCCUUGUGGUCAGGCUCCCCCAAAUUCUUUUUAAGAAGUGACCAUGUUCAACUGCUUGAGCUUUGUUUUUGGCAACCCCUGCCCAAAGUUGCUUACAGACUGUUCUUCACCUUGUUUCCAAGGCUGUGGAACAGAAAGUAGCCUCUGUUUUGAGGAGGUGGAAGUUAAGUAUACAUUUAUUUUUUACUGUGACUUGUUCAGGACCACAUUUUACAAAAUGCCUUGUUUCCUUUAUUAUUGUUUCUGGAAAGGAAAGUUCUAUUAAAAUUGUUUUAGUUUGAAUAUAGAAUAGUUUUAUUAAUUAGGGCUUAUUUUGAAAAAUUCUGAGUUUAAUUCAAGUGUAUGCCAGUACCUUCCAAAGUAAGGUAAUAUUCAGAGACAGUUGUUCUGAUCAGAUGGCUUAGAGAAAUUCUGGAAUAUUCAUAUUCGAAGAUUCCUUAUUAAUGAAUGUCUUUGACUUAAAUCUAACCAAAAACUGCAACAUUAUUCUUUGUACAUUUUCAUUAUAUAGUGUUAACAAGCUUAGUUGCAAACAAAUAAAAUACUUAAGCUAUUUGUUUACCUUGCCUUCUUAAUACUGUGAUAAUGUUUAUUAAUUCAAAUAAUUUAUGUGAGGCUGCUAUAACCAUUUCCCCAGUAAAACAUUACAUUUAAGAUUUAUAGACUUUUUUUUAAAAGCCCAUCAGUGAUCUUUAAAUAAUUAAAGAAUUA